AGUUCGUGUUCGUAUUCCCCUCACCAUGUUGUCCAAAGUCUCCUGUUUGAUCCUGCCUUUGAUAGGCGUUCAAGCUGGUUUCGGCGAGGGAAAUGUGCGUAUGCACAUUACUACCAAGAAGUACUGUAAUCUCGGCCUCGUCGACGCUAAUGGCAACCCGGCUCCGUGCGGUAUCUCUUUGGCUGAAGGAACCUCCGGGCUCACCUUGCCUGGUAUGGAGAAUGGUGUUCAUACUACCAGGGAGGAUGUGAUCAUCGCUAAAGACGGCCAAUUGUCGGUUCAAGCCUCUCCUGCCCUUCCUUACACCUUCCUUAUGUCGAUCAAAUCCCCCGACCACCAAGUUGUCAAGAAGCUCUUCAACCGCCAAUCUUCCAUUGUAUCCAUUGUGGAAGCGGCUGAGGACACCCCCGAGGAGACUACCAUUGGUGGCACUCUGGCCGACGGAGGGUGGGUUCCUCAAGAGUCCGAUGAUGCUUCGUUGGAUAAGUGGAUACUGUACGCACCCCGGGAUAUAGAUCCUAUCACCGGCGCUAACUAUACUGCUAUUUACCAAGCCGGUCUUGCCCCUGAUGCUUGGAUCCUAUACACUGAGAAGAACAACGAGAAACCGAAUAAGCUUCUUGCUGUCAACACCUUCUCGAACUCCCGGGUUUUCCAAGAGUCGGUUUUUGAUAAGAUCGAGCCUCUCAAAGAUGAUCUAACAGUCGCUGGGGCCAUGCAGACUGUGUAUGACAACUAUCAAAUUGAUGGUGAUCGUCGUCUAACCGCUGGAGAUGAUAUGGAGGCCCCUCAUGUCGAUGUUGACAUGAUUUAUGCUCCAUUCGUUUCCGAGAAGACCCGUCAGUUUUUCUCUGAGGGCCGUGAUCUUGAUUGGAUGAGUAAACGUAGACUGAGGUCUUUUGAAGGCUUCAAGGGUAUCAGCUACUUCACCAUCGAGAAGGGCUCAGCUGCCGACAAGUAUUUCCAUGCAACAACUCACCGUGCUCUGGCGGAAUUCGAGUACACGUCAACUGGUGGGAAGCAAGAAAAGAAGUACUGCAUCUCUGUCUCUCUGGACGCUUCUUUGGGCCCAUCUUUUAACCCAUCUAUAACCCUGGGAGCCAAAGUGAAUAUCAUAGACAUUCAUGAUGCUACCAAAGGCGCCCAUCUAUCUAUUGGCGUUACCCUGAAGAAGGACGAGGGGAGCAUAUUGAGUCUUACCAUCGAUGCGGGUGGAUGCGCGCUGGUCUUCCAGUAUGGUCAAUCCGACGGAGUUCACCUCGCGAUAUCCGUAUGCAUGACCAGUAAAGAUCCGGCUAAGAAGAGGGUAGAUGGUGGGUUCGAAGGAGAGAUUGCAAUCACCGUCAACUUCAUUGUCCACGUACCUUAUGCUGGUGACGUCAUAAACUGGGCCAUCAACGCCAAGAUUAAUUGCACUGCUGCCCCCAAGGACGACCUCACUGCAUACGGUGUUAUUGGUACCUCUGUGAGUGCUGAAGUGGCAUACGCCGCCGUGAGCCUCGAUAUCAAGGCCAACACGGUCGACCACGCAUAUAAUAAGUGGCAUUUCCUUUCGGGUGUCAAUUUCCAUGCUUGGGCCGGCGUGGGGAAGUUCAAGAAGCAUUGGGACUAUCGUUGGCAGCUCUUCGACGUUGGCCCUCCAUCUGUGAUGGCUUAUCUCGGCAACAUUGGUCUCAAUUUCGGCCGAUUAGAGGCUUUUUUCUCCAAGCUUUAG